AGACAGCAAUAUUGAAAGAGAAGAAGACUGCAAGCUGCACAUUAAUGUCUUUGGUGCGAACUGACUGUCUGACGCCGCGCUUUUAAGCGUCUUUGCCAGGGUCAGCUAUUUGAACAUCCUACGGCGAGAGUGGAAAGGACAGUCCCGCCCAUCAUCACCUCGGGCCAAACAUGGGGGAAAUCAUUCUGCCACGACGUAUGUUCCUCUGGUGCAUGGCGGCUAUCUAUAUGAUAGCAUUUGUUUCUCUCUACGUGCAGAUACCAGGUCUGUAUGGCAAUGAGGGUCUGCUACCUGCACGUAAGCAGCUGCGUUACAGCGGCAAGUCUCUUUGGGAGCAGCUGCUGACCUCCCCCACCCUGCUCUGGUUCGGACCUCGCGUGGGUCUGGACACGCACACUGGCAUGGAGUUGCUGUGCCUCAUCGGGGCUGGGCUUAGCCUGGCCGCCACGCUGGUGGGGGCGCUACGAGACAGCAUGGUGUUUUUCUGCCUCUGGGCCUUGUACUUGUCAUUAUACCAGGUGGGGCAGGUUUUCCUCUACUUCCAAUGGGACAACCUACUUUUGGAGACGGGCUUCCUCUGCAUCCUUGUUGCUCCGAUUACUCUAGUCAGGGGGUCUCGAGCGCCCCGAGAGCAUGAUCGCGUGACCUUCUGGCUGAUCCGCUGGCUACUCUUCCGUCUCAUGUUUGCCUCUGGAGUGGUGAAGCUGACCUCACGUUGUCCUACUUGGUGGGGCUUAACUGCGAUGACUUAUCACUACGAAACCCAAUGCAUUCCCACCCCUCUGGCUUGGUUUGCCCACCAGUUGCCAGUCUGGUGGCAGAAGCUGAGUGUGGUCGGAGCCUACGCCAUCGAGAUCGCCGCACCGCUGUUUUUCUUCAGUCCGCUACGCAGGCUACGACUUGGUGCUUUUUACUUGCAAGUGCUGCUGCAGGUCUUCAUUAUUUUGUCAGGGAACUACAACUUCUUCAACCUUCUGACGAUAACCCUGUGUCUGUCUCUGCUCGAUGACCAGCACGUACGCUUUUGGCUGCGCAAGUCUGAACAAAGCAGCCCCGAUGGCUCCAAGCUGUGGUCACGGUUGUGUUACCUGCUGGAGCUUGCCGUCUGGUCUCUGGUGAUUUUUGGCACAAUCAUGUGUUUUGACCUGAAAGUGGACACAGCAAAGGGUGCAAUCUCUUCCAAGACAGCGUUCACCUACCAUCACUUUAACCAGUUUCUGAAGAGUGUCACUAUCCCAUGUGUUUGGAUCGGUGUUCUCUCCCUCAUGUGGGAGAUGCUCACAGCCAUGUUCAGGUGUGCAUGUGUCUCUGGUUUCCUGAGAAGGUUUUGUGCCACUCUCCAGUGGACAGUGUUUGCUGCAUCUGCGGCUGCCAUGUUCACCAUCAGUCUGGUGCCAUUCACCUACAUAGAAUAUGACUCCAAUGCUAGGCUGUGGCCCGGGGUGCGUCAAGCCUAUGAGUUGGUGGAUCGUUACCAGCUGGUUAACUCAUACGGUUUGUUCAGAAGGAUGACCGGUGUCGGUGGGCGGCCUGAGGUUGUCAUAGAGGGAAGUAAUGAUGGCAUAACUUGGACGGAAAUUGAGUUUAUGUACAAACCUGGCAACAUGAGUGCGCCGCCCCCCGUGGUGAUGCCCCACCAGCCCCGCUUGGAUUGGCAGAUGUGGUUUGCUGCUCUUGGUAGUCACACACAGGCUCCGUGGUUCACCAGCCUCAUGUACCGUCUGCUGCAGGGCAAGAGAGAUGUGAUUGAGCUGAUCCAGACAGACAUCACUCAGUACCCAUUCCACCAGGAGCCCCCUUCCUACCUGCGGGCCCACCGCUACAGAUACUGGUUCACGGAACCAAAAGAGGAUGGAUCAUACCCACACCGAUGGUGGAGGCGGGUCUAUGAUGAGGAAUUUUAUCCCUUGGUGCAUCUGGGCCACUCAUUCCUCGAGAGCAUACUAGAGCAACACGGACUCAAGGACAAAUCGCCUCCACGUCGCCGGUCCAACUCUAGCAUUGCCCAUGCCAUGAGGUGGGUGCGUGCCCAGGUCACCGGUGUUCCCGCUCCUGUGCUCAUCUGGACCCUCAUUGGCUGCAGCGUCACCCUGUGCCUACUGCAGGCAUUGACAAAGAGACAAAUGGCGAACGAUUCUGAGCAGGCCAGCGAUUUGAAAGACGAAGAAUAUUUAGGGACGUCAUCUCGACGAAAGACGGGAGAUGAGGAUGAAGAACAGGAGGAAGAGCUUGAGGAUGAAGUGGAGGAACAUGAUGAGAAAGCGUUUAUCAGCAAUGAAGAAGAUGAUGAGGAGGAGGAGGUGGUAGUCACAGAGGAGGAGGGACAGUGAGAGAAAGGUUACCAAAUUGAGCAAAGAGGUGUGUGUGUGUAUAUAUUUGUACUUUCUGAUCAGGCUCACUUUUGUACAUGUUGAUAUACUAUUCAUCAAGCAUCCAUAACAUGCUGGUUGAUUUGAAUUUAUUUUGAAAACACUCACUUGUCAGCACACCAAAUGAAUGACUGUUACAUGGAAUUUUUUUUAUUUUUUUUUGCAUUUGAUGUAUGAACAGAACAAAAUUAUCACAGCACUUUUUCUUAUCACCCUCAAGUGUGCCUUUCUGUGCCAGUGUAAAAAUCUGUGCACUAAACCAACACACUUUUUAAAUAACAUUGAAAUACAAUAAAUGAUUUAAAAGUCAA